UGAUAAGACCGCUGUAAAGGUAUCGGGACUUUAACAGAAAGAACACCGAUGUGUCUUUAACAGAAACUCGGCUCCGCUCCUUUAAACAAAAUGCUAACCAUGUGUCCGAUAACAAGCCUUUUAUUUUGAAUGUUCUGACCGGACGUUGUGUUUUUUGCUACCGGAAGCCUUUUCGUGUUUAGGCCACACUGGAUGCAAAAGGAACGAAAUUUGGGUGCAGAAACGUUAGCUUCUGUUAGUUUCAUGAAUGUGAGAAUAAAAAUAGAAACGGAACCGUGGAACUAAACACACAUGGAUCCCAACCGUAUAAUCCAGGCUCUGAAGGGAACUAUCGACCCCAACCUGAGGAUAGCGGCAGAAAAUGAACUCAAUCAGUCCUACAAGAUCAUUAAUUUCGCCCCUACCCUGCUUCAGAUCAUUGUGUCGGAGCAAGUAGAGUUUCCUGUUCGCCAAGCAGCUGCAAUCUACUUGAAGAACAUGGUGAGUCAGUACUGGCAGGACAGGGAGCCAUCUGUCGGGGAGGUUGUCUUUCCCUUCAACAUCCAUGAGAACGACCGGCAGCAGAUCAGAGAUCAGAUCUUGGAGGGUAUCAUCCGCUGUCCCGAGUCCAUACGUGCCCAGUUGACCAUGUGUUUGCGAGCUAUCAUCAAGCAUGACUUCCCUGGCCGCUGGACUGCCAUUGUGGACAAGAUCAAUAUGUACCUGCAGUCUCCAAACAGUGGCAGCUGGUAUGGAACCCUGCUGGCUCUCUACCAGCUGGUCAAAACAUACGAGUACAGGAAAGCAGAUGAGAGGGAGCCGUUGCUUGCAGCCAUGCAGAUCUUCCUGCCCAGGAUACAACAACUCAUCAGCCAGCUUCUGGUUGAUGCCACAAUCUUUUCAGUCCUCAUUCAGAAACAGAUCCUGAAGAUCUUCCAUGCUCUUGUACAGUAUUCGCUGCCUCUCCAGCUGAUCAACAACACAGUGAUGACUCAGUGGAUGGAAAUACUCCGAGCCAUAAUGGACCGAGACAUCCCAGCUGAGACAUUGGAGGUGGAUGAAGACGACCGUCCUGAGCUGGCGUGGUGGAAGUGUAAAAAGUGGGCGUUGCGCAUCAUCACGCGACUGUUUGAACGAUAUGGAAGUCCAGGAAACGUGACAAAAGAGUACUACGAGUUUGCAGAUUUUUUCCUGAAGACAUAUGCAGUGGGGAUACAGCAGGUCUUGCUGAAGGUGGUGGACCAGUACAGACAGAAGCAGUAUGUUACUCCUCAGGUCCUACAGCAGUGCCUCAACUACCUCAACCAGGGCCUGUCACACUCACUGACCUGGAAACAGAUGAAGCCGCACAUGCAGACCAUAUGCCAGGAGGUCAUCUUCCCUCUUAUGUGCUACAAAGACGAGGACGAGAAACUAUGGCAAGAGGAUCCAUAUGAGUAUAUCCGUAUGAAGUUCAACCUCUAUGAUGACCAUGCUCUCCCAGUCACUGCUGCCCAGAGCCUGCUGUGUAAAGCUGCACGCAAGAGGAAAGAGGUCCUGCCUCAAAUGAUGGAGUUCUGCCAUCAUAUCCUGAUGGACCCCUCUGCUGAUCCUUGCAGGACGGAUGGAGCGCUGCACUGCAUCGGAGCUCUGGCUGAGCUCUUGCUUAAGAAGCGGCUGUACAGGGAGCAAAUGGAGCUAAUGCUUCAGAACUACGUCUUCCCCUUGCUUAACUCUCCUUUGGGUUACCUGCGUGCCAGGUCCUGCUGGGUGUUGCACUCGUUCAGUCCGCUGCGUUUCCAUGACGAGCUGGUGCUGAGGAAUGCCGUGGAGUUGGUCAAACAGGAUCUGAUAGAUGACAAAGAGAUGCCUGUCAAGGUGGAGGCUGCCAUCGCUCUGCAGACGCUGGUCAGCAACCAGGAACAAGCCAAGCUGUACAUCAGGCCUUACAUUCGGCAAGUCAUGCAGGAGCUUCUGCAUGUGGUCAGAGAAACGGAGAACGAUGACCUGACCAACGUCAUUCAGAAAAUGAUCUGCGAGUACAACCAGGAAGUGGCCGCCAUCGCUGUAGACAUGACACAGAACCUGGCAGAGAUCUUCACAAGAGUUCUACAGAGUGAGGAGUACGAGGAGAACGAAGAUAAGACUGUUAUGGCUCUUGGUAUCCUCAGUACAAUUGACACCAUCCUCACCGUAAUGGAAGACCACAAAGAGAUCACACAGCAGCUAGAGGGGAUCUGUUUGCAGGUGAUUGGCCUGGUCUUGCAGAAACCCAUCAUAGGUAUGGCAGAAUUCUAUGAGGAGAUCCUGUCACUGGCAUUUGGCCUUACCUGUCAGACCAUCUCCCCCCAGAUGUGGCAGCUGUUAGGCGUCCUGUAUGAGGUCUUCCAGCAUGACUGCUUUGAUUACUUCACAGAUAUGAUGCCGCUUUUGCACAACUACGUUACUGUGGAUACGGACAUGCUUCUGUCCAGUCCGAAGCACUUAGAGGUCAUCUACAGCAUGUGCAAAAAGGUAUUGUCCAUGGAUUCAGGCGAAGAUGCAGAGUGUCAUGCAGCCAAACUGUUGGAGGUUAUCAUCCUGCAGUGCAAAGGCAGAGGCAUUGACCAGUGCAUCCCUCUUUUCGUGGAGGCAGUGCUUGAGCGUUUGAUGCGGGGGGUGAAAUCCAGUGAGCUGAGGACAAUGUGUCUCCAGGUUGCCAUUGCUGCUCUCUACUACAACCCAGCCCUGCUCAUCCACACGAUGGACAACAUGCACUUUCCACACAACCCGCAGCCCAUAACCACACACUUCAUCAACCAGUGGAUGAAUGACACUGAAUUCUUCUUGGGACUCCAUGAUCGUAAGAUGUGCAUCAUCGGACUGAGUGUGCUAAUCGAUCUUCCUAGCCGGCCAGCAGUGCUGGAUGCAGUUGCUGCUCAGAUUGUCCCCUCCAUUCUCCUCCUUUUCCUGGGCCUCAAACACCUUAAUGCCUCCCGCCUAAUCAACAAACCAGAGCUGCUUGCCCGUGCAGGCGCUCAAGAUGAAGACCAGAAUGAGGAGAUUCCUAGUGAUGAAGAUGAGGUGAAUGAGAACUGUAACACCAUGCAGCAGCAGUCCAGCAUGCCAGCAGGCCAAGGAGGCGAUGAUGAUGAUGACGAUGAAGAUGACUAUUGGGAUGACGAUGGUUUUGAGGGAACGCCUCUGGAGGAGUACAGCACGCCUCUGGACUACGACAAUGGAGAGGACGAGUAUCAGUUCUUCACUUCUGCCCUGCUCAGGGUCCAGAGUACUGAUCCAGCAUGGUACCAUUGUUUGACAGCUGCGCUCAGCGAUGACCAGAAAAAACAGCUUCAGGAGAUCUACAGCAUCUCACAGCAGAGGAGGAGCACUGCAACUAAGGGCCAAUGAGCACUGAAGAAACAAAUGGGCUGCAGAAUCAGGAGAGGGAUCAAAGAAGAGAAAAGCUGGUCUGAGCUGAAGUGUACUUCACUUCAAUCUGAACGAUGUCAGUCUACAUCAAACCAUAUCUGAACAGAUCCCACCAGAACCAGUUCCCAGAGUUUCAGUAGACCUGGAUGGAGUAGCGGGGGCUGGUUUCAAAUCACAAUAAUUGCUGAUUUGCUGCACUGCUUCAGACCCCCACUGGAAUAUUACUUUCACUGGGACAGGUCCACCGGCCUGUGAGUGUGUGUGGGUGUGGGUGUGUGACUGUGUCUCUGUGUAUACUUGAGGAAAAGGUCUGCAUUAUAAAUAUAAAUGUUCUUGACCAGCACAAUUCACAAAAUAUUUUGUACAGUGCAGUGCUUUAAUUUGUAACUAAGUCAGUUGUGUUUUGUGUUUGUCUCUCAGCGAAACUGUAAAAAACAAAACCGAAUAAAACUGCAUCAGAGUGUGUUUUUGUAUGUA